GACACUAAUGCUGCCACCUGUUUUUGAUAUUUCCAAAGCUUGCUCAGGGAGUUUCUGUUUGGUUGGUAAAUUGCCCAUACACUUGCACUUCCUUCCUGAACCACGUCACACAUUGCACAUUUCUCCGGCAAGGCAGAGGCGAGCCAUUGGAGAGUCAUCCAUAACCUUUUCAUAUGGUCGCUCCACCUGACAAUGGCUUUACUGAACUCUUGCUUGUCCACCCAUAUCUUGAGGUGCAAGUGGAGCAAAUCCCUGUAACUGUCAUGGUUGACAGUCAUGCUGGUGAAAUGCAGGCCCUCAUUUUUCAGAGACAAGAGCGGUGACAAUGAAUCUCGGCCUGGCCUUUCGCCUCCAGCAAACAUUGAACGAAGGGCUGGUUUCUGAGCUCCCUGAGAAUGCACUCACAUGCGCUCACAAAUUUGGCCAUUUUGGGGCACUGAACCAUGGCACGAAAUGCAUGACCUCGGCUCUACGUUUUUUGGCCCUACGCUGCUCUUGCUGUAGAAAACAUUGAUGUGAAAGUCAUAGGGGUUUGAGUUUGAACUUUGAAGUGAUGGUCACUGAUGUGUCUACCAAACUGGAGGUAUUGGUUGUUUAUUUAUUGAGUGAGGUUGCAAGAGGGAAAAAUUCAUUGUGGCAUCCUUAUUUGCUACAGUUGCCACGCAGUUAUGAUAUUUUGGCCAGCUUUAUUGAUUUUGAAUCACAAGCUUUGCAGGUAGAGGAUGCUGUGCAGGUUGCAGAAAGAGCCACUGCAGUAGUACACCAGAAAUGGAAGGAGGCACAAGUGCUAAUGAAUGAAAUAGGGUUAAAACAUCGAUUUAUGAAUUUCAAAUCAUGGCUUUGGGCAUUUGCAACAGUAUCUUCUCGUACACUGCAUGUACCAUGGGAUGCUGCCGGUUGUUUUUGCCCAGUUGGUGACUUGUUCAACUAUGCUGCUCCUGGAGCUAAUUGGAAAGUUGUGGAUGAUUCUACACUUGAAAGGGAGACCAUCAGUUCUGAGUCAUCCAACGAAAAUAAUUAUCAAGGCAGAAGUCAUUCUUCUUUGCAUCAAGAAAACAUUAAGGAAGCACCUGAAAUUGAAAACAAAGGAUGGAAUGACUUCAAUGGAAGACUGACAGAUGGUGGAUAUGAGGCAGAACUGGAUGCAUAUUGCUUUUAUGCACAGAAGCGAUAUUUGCAAGGAGAACAGGUCUUUCUUUGCUAUGGUGUAUACACAAACCUGGAGCUUCUUGAGCAUUAUGGAUUUGUUCUUAAGGACAAUCCAAAUGAUAAGAUUUAUAUUGACUUGGAUGAAAAUAUGCUGACCUCGAGAUUGUGGGAGAAGAAUCACCUUUAUCUUCAAUGCGAUGGGAAGCCUUCGUUUUCCUUGUUAGUUGCAUUACGGCUUUAUGCUACACCGCCAAAUCUUCGUAAGAGAAUUGGGCAUCUUGCCUUUUCGGGAUUGCAAAUAUCUCUUGAGAAUGAUAUUGCUGUCACCAAGUGGCUUCUAGGGAGAUGUAAAAAUCUUCUUGCUAAGCUUCCCACAACAAUUGAGGAAGAUGAAUUGCUAUUAGAGAUAAUUGACAAAUGUGAUGAAGAUGAUGGAUUACAGUUCAUAUCAGCUCUUUUUCAGGAUACAGAAAUGAGACAAAACAAUGAUUAUUGUGUAUUGCUGAAUCAAUUUCAAAAAUGGUCUAGACUUCAUUCAGAAGGAUGGCACAAUGUUACUGUUGAAAUAAACACAUUCUUUAGGAUACAUUGUUUGCAGAGGAAUGAAUGCAUUGACUUAUCUCAGAAACCAGAAGUCAAGCGUUCUUUGGAUAGGUGGAAAUUGGCUAUCCAAUGGAGAUUAGGAUAUAAGACAAUUCUUCAUCGUGGUAUUUUGUAUUGUAAUUUUCAGCUCAAAUAUCUUUAUUCUUCAGGGAAGAACAGGACAGAAUAACUCCUACCAAAUGUUGUAUUAAACCUGGGACAUGAAAAUGACAAGAAAGGGUUUUGUAAUUAACCUGAAAUGUUAUCAGUAAUUAAUUUAUUGUAUUAAACACAAUCUGUGUAACUUGCUGGGAAUGGAUGCAAAUCCUAAAAUCUGUAGAAGCAGGGCAUGUGGUCAUGUUUAAUGUAACAAAUCAGUAAUGGCUAUUUCAUCUUGUUCAUAAAAGUUGCACAUCUUGUUUUCUUUU